AUGGCAGUCGCCUCAUCCGCUGCGACCACGACGGCGAUCGCUUCACGGGGAGCGUCCGUCGCAUCACGGGGCCUUUCCCGCGCCGCCACUUCCAUAGAAGCCACUCAGGCAGCCCUGCUGGCCGCAAACAACGCAGUUACUCACGGCGCUCACGCUCCCGGAUCUUUCACCUGCCUGCAAUGGUCGUCGACUUUCAGAAGCCAAUCGGGACGGGCAAGUCCCUUCUCUAGUUCAUCUUUCUUCUCUGGCGGUCUCUCUCGGAACUCGCUGUUGCCAUCAUCGCAUCCAGGCGGAGCUGCAUCGCGUCUCGCGUCUACCUUUUCCGCGCAUGCGUCUUCUUCCGACUCCGCCGCGAGCGCAAGCCCUAUCGGUUCCGCCUCCGCCCCCCGCUCCGCGGUCGCCGGCGCAACUCCCGCCGUCCGCCAGGGCGCAGUGUUGCCGACGUCGGAGUAUACACUUGACGAGUCAUCUGAAUCCUCAUCGUCCGAUUCCGAAUCCGGUGGCUCUGGUUCACGCGCGCUCGAGGCUCUGUACGAGGCGCGUGCCAAGAGCGGACUGUCUGCCGCUGCCGGCGGAGCAUCUGCGGGUUCAGGGGUUGGGCGGGAGUUUCCCCGGGGUUUAACAUCCGAUUCGGAAGCGGAGGUUUUUGAUAGCGACGAUGAAGCGAGCAGCGACGAGGAGGGGGAGGUGGUGCUGGUUGACGUGUCCGAUCCUGACGUGGACAGGGAUGAGCUGGCGAUUGAAAGCCUCGGCCUCGCGACGGUUCUUGAGCAGUCGCUGCUGAAGCGAGGAAUCGCCCGGCUCUUCCCCAUCCAGCACGCGGUGCUGGCGCCGUCGAUGGAGGGGCGCGACAUCAUCGCGCGCGCCAAGACGGGCACGGGGAAGACGCUCGCGUUCGGCAUCCCCAUCCUGGAGCGCAUCACGAGGGAGAUCGAGGAGAACAACGGCAGGCGCCCGUUCCGCGCGCCCCGCUGCCUGGUCCUCGCGCCGACGCGCGAGCUAGCGAAGCAGGUCGAGCGCGAGUUCUGCGAGUCCGCGCCCAACCUAUCCACCGCGUGCGUGUACGGCGGAGUCUCGAUCGACGGGCAAAUGCGCCAGCUCAAGCGCGGCGUCGACGUGGUCGUGGGCACGCCCGGGCGCCUGAUCGAUCUGAUCGAGCGCGGAACGCUCAGCCUGCGGGAGAUUCAGUUCAUGGUGCUGGACGAAGCGGAUCAGAUGCUGGCCGUUGGAUUCGAGGAGGACGUGGAGCGGAUCAUGGAGAAUCUGCCCGAGGGGGAGAGGAUCCAGAUGAGCCUGUUCUCGGCUACGAUGCCCUCAUGGGUGAAGAAGCUCAGCCGGAAAUACCUCACCAGCCCGCUCACCAUCGAUUUGGUGGGCGAGAAGGAGGAGAAGCUCGCGGAGGGUAUUCGCCUGCUGUGUGUGCGCGCGCCCAACGCAUCCAAGCGCACCAUCCUCGUCGACCUCAUCACGGUCCAUGCCUUGGGAGGCAAGACGAUAGUGUUCACGCAGACCAAGAAGGAUGCGGACGAGGUGGCCAUGGCGCUGGGUCGCUCCGUGGGCUGUGAGGCUCUUCACGGGGACAUCCCCCAGCAGCAGAGGGAGCGCACCCUGCAGGCGUUCAGGGACGGGCGAUUCGUGGUGCUUGUGGCGACUGAUGUGGCUGCCAGAGGGCUCGAUAUCCCCAACGUCGACCUGGUGAUUCACUACGAGAUCCCCAACGACCCUGAGACGUUUGUGCAUCGGUCGGGGCGAACGGGGCGAGCUGGCAAGACGGGAUGCACCAUCCUCAUGUACACGGACUCGCAGAUCCGUUCCCUGCGCAUGAUCGAGCGGGAUAUCGGCUGCAAGUUUGAGAAGGCAUCCCCUCCCCACCCGGACGACGUCCUCCAAGCCUCCGCCAACCAAUCCGCUGCCCUCAUCUCCCGCGUUCACCCGGAACUUGCCGAGUCUUUCCUGGAAACUGCCGAGAAGCUUCUCGAGGAGCGCGGCCCGAUGGCACUAGCUGCCGCGAUCGCCCACCUGAGCGGGUUCAGCCAGCCGCCCGCCGCCCGGUCGCUGCUGACUCACGAGGAGGGGUAUGUGACGGUGCGCGUGAUUCGCACGGCCAAGAGCCGCAACGGCCCGCUGAUUUCCCCGCGGGCGGUCAUGGGCACUCUUGGGGAGAUCUGCCGCCGCGCUGCUGACAACGUGGGGAAGAUCAAGAUUCUGGGGGAGCGAGAUGUGGAGGGUGCAGUGUUUGACCUGCCAGAGGACGUGGCCAAGGAGCUGCUGAGUCUCAAGGUUGAGAACGGGGACGUCUUUGACAUCCCGCGCCAGUGGGUGAUGAUGUUUGUAGCGGCAGCGACAGGGAUAACUACGCCCGGUUCGGAGCGAGGGGAGGGGGCGCCUGCGCUUAUGUUUCUGUUCUUUACCCCCUGUGCUGUGCUGUGUGCCUUACCCAUGCAUCCCAUGUGCCCCCAUUUCUUCCACGUGCCCUCUGCCCCUCAGCUGCCCACGCUAGUGGAUGAUGAUGUGCGUGGCGGCGGCAGGGACAGGGACAACUACGGACGGUUCGGAGCGAGGGGAGGGGACAGGGGCAGGGGCGGAGGGGACAGGUUCUCCCGUGGUGGGGACAGGGGGGGGCGAAGGGGAGGGGACCGUGACAGGGGGUUCAGGCGCGAUGACGGUGGCAGGAAAGAGAGGUCUGGGAGCUGGGGCGAUGUGGGUGACAGGCGCAGCAGCGGCAGCAGCAGCGGCGGAGGCAGCAGGUUCGGUGGCGAUCGUGACCGAUUCUCCUCUCGGGAUCGCCGCCCGGCUGGCGGAGGUUUGGUUAACCGCCGCAACUUCACCUCUGACGCAUGGGAGAGCGAGGACAGCGACGGGUACUACACCCCAUCCCCCUUAGAGCGCACGCGCAGCGCUCCCAGCAGGAGUGGUGGGGAGUAUGGAUCGUCGUAUGGUCGCGGGGGUGGAGGAGCAGGAGGUGGAGCGUUUUCGGGGGUUUGCUUCUUGUGCAAGCAACCUGGGCACAGGGCGGCAGACUGCCCUGUGGUGGCUGGUCGUUAG